AUGAGCAGAUGCGGUGCGUUUCUUCACUCCCUCCUCCUCGUUCGACCUUGCGUCUCGGCCGUCUCGUACUGCUCGACUUCGCGCGCGAUCGAGGUCAAGAAGUUUCUGCUCGAGUAUGAGCCGGAUCAAGGACCUGCGGGGACGAUCAGUUUCGACAUCUCCGCCGCAUCCGUCGAAUCGAAUCUCAACGCGAAUCUCCAGCUGGGACUCGUCGCGUACGGCAUUCACGCGAUCAAUACGACCAUCCAGCUGUGCGACAUCCUCGGAGGCGUCCUCUGCCCGCUCCCGCAAUACGAUUUCGUCGGAUCCGCGACCAUUCCCCUUCCUACCAGCUUGGCGGGAAACAUCAACAUACCUGGAGCGGCGUACUGGAUCCCUGAUCUCGAGGCGACGGCGUACGUCCGUCUAUUGCGGGUUUCGGACGGGUCCGAGGCGGCGUGUUUGCGAGUCGACUUGGCGAACGGCAAGACGACGCGCUGGGCGUCGGUGAGCUGGGCACUCGGCGGUCUCGCGAUCGGCUGCGUCCUCCUCUCGGCCCUCUGGUUCCUCGUCGGCACGCUCGUCUACCCCGCCGCCUCCCUCUCCUCCACUACCUUCCCUACCGAUCCGAACGCCGCAUGGGCGUCCCUCGGCCGGCGAAAAGAGCGUCUCUUCCUCCUCAUGUCGCUCCUCCAGUUCGUCGCCACCACCGGCCUCCUCUCCAUCAACUACCCGAUCAUCUACGAAGCCUUCACUUCCAACUUUGCUUGGUCCCUCGGGCUGAUACGCGAGACGCCUGUCGUCAAUGCGAUUGACUCGUUGCGUGCGAGGACCGGUGGGAACUUGACGCAGUUGGCGGGACGGAGUGGGCUUGUGGGAGGGACGGAGGCGCUCAAGAGUAUUUAUUCGAGGAGUGGCGUCGUCUACCCCUCUGCGGGAGAGAUCGCCACGUCUCUUCUCGAGGAGAUCGGUCACUCGCUCUCGCCCAAGUCUCCAUCGACAUCCUCUUUCGCUCGCCGCGCUCUCAGCCUCAUCUCCUCCUCCACUUCGACCACCCACCUCGCCCGCCGCCAAUUCGGCAACCCCAUGUCCGGCGUCCCCUCCACAAAUCCCUCUCAAGCCGUCGCCGUCCCCAACGUGCAAGAUACCAACACCCUCACCGCAGUGCACUACGGCAUCCCCCACUUCCUCGUCAACCUCGACAUCUCGCCCUUUGACGGCUUCAUGCUCGUCUUCAUCAACUUUUUGUUCCUUUGCGCCAUCGCGAUCGCCUCGGCGAUACUGGGAGGAGCGAUGUGGGCGCUCGUGAGGCUUGUGCAGCGGAGGACGAGGGCGCGGCGCGCGGCGCGAGGUGCAUACGGCGGCGAGGAGGCGAAGGUCGGGUAUGAGGACAAGGGCGCCACGGCGAGCGGUCGCUUCGGCGCGAUGCGGAGGCGGACGAGCGGGACUUUCACGACUGUCCUGCGGGCGAACACGCUCAGGCUUCUUCUGAUCGCCUGGUACCCGCUGCUCGUCUUCACCUUCUUCCAGUGGACACUCGGCUCGUCCGAUUCCUACGCGCCCAUCGUCCUCUCCGUCUUCACCUCCGUCUUGACCACCCUCGCUCUCCUGAUUCUCGCCGUCCGCUUCUUCUUCCUCGCACGACGCGCCCUACGCCCUCGUCUCGCGUCCAUCGAGGACAACGCCACGGCUUACGACGAGCCCGAGGUACUCGCCUCGCCUUUCCAUCCGGCGCCUGCCGUACCUCCAAUCACGCCCAACCCGAACCCAAAGCGCGCCCUUCGCAAAGCGGAGCGGCGAGAUGUCGAGACGUACGCCGUUGGACAAUUCCUCGCCCACGGUCUUACGCCAUACAGCCCCUUCUGGAACGCCUACAAGGUACGCAGUCGACGCGCGACGGCGCAGAAGCGCAACUGGUGGAAGGGACGCGGAUGGUGGUUCGGCCUCGUCGAGCUCCUCCUCGUCCCGCUCGUCACGGCGCUCUUCGUCGGUUUCGCGCACAGGUCAGGCUGGACGCAGACUGUCGCGCUCGUCACAAUUCAGGGACUCGUCUGCCUCGCGACAUGUAUCUGGACGCCGUACGAGGACAAGAGUCUCAAUGCGACGAGGAUCUUCUGGGCCAUCUGUCGGGUCGUCAUCGCCGGCGCACUCAUCGCUUUCAACCCGAGUAUCGGCUUGAAUGAGAUCGUCCGCGUCGCCAUCGGCGCCGUUCUCCUCGUGAUCGAAGCAGUCCUCGUCGUUCUCUUCUUCAUCCUCCUUCUCAUCGACUUCCUCCAACUCUGCAUCUUCGCCGUUCGAGGCAUCAAGGACCGGCGGCGACACCGCGGCCUCGGCAAAGACGGCUCGACGACCGUCAACCCUGCACUACCGCCAAUGGAGGAGCGAAUGGCAGCGAGGGACGGGUCGAUACCCGACCACGAAGGACUCGGGCGACCUCACACGACGCACUCGGGCUCGACCCUCGCCAACUUCGACUCGCCUGCCAGUCACCCGGCUGACGGCGGCGCACCUACCGUCGGCAAGACCAUCACUCCUUGA